AUCUCACUGCACAUGAUUCUUCAAAACAAAACCAUGCUUUUCACGUCCAAGUGAUUUUCAUUUUGGUUUUUUCGUCCCGAGGCAGGUUGAAUCCAGUUUUCAAAAUGGCAAGACGACCCGAACACUUGGCCCCUCCAGAAAUCUUCUACGGAGUGGAUGAAUCAAGAAAAUACACGUCAAAUUCCCGAAUGAUUGAAAUCCAGUUGACGAUGUCGGAACGAGCGGUCGAACUUCUAGCCCUUCCGGAGGACGAGCACCUCCACCUUUUGGAUUUGGGCUGUGGAUCUGGCUUGAGUGGCUCCAUCCUCGAGGAUCAAGGACACACUUGGGUCGGAGUCGACAUUUCAAAAGCAAUGCUUGAUGUUGCCCGAGAGCGAGAAAUGGAAGGUGAUUUGAUUCUCGGUGACCUUGGCCAGGGUCUUCCAUUCAGAGCUGGAGCUUUUGAUGGAGCCAUCAGCAUUAGUGCCCUUCAGUGGCUCUGCAACGCUGACAAAGCUGGACACAAACCCUCUAAAAGACUGCUUGCAUUUUUCUCGUCACUCUAUGCCUGCCUGAGACGAGGCGCAAAGGCAGUUCUUCAGUUCUAUCCGGAGAACAACCAGCAAACAGAACUUGUCAUGGCACAAGCCACAAGGGCAGGUUUUUUCGGUGGCCUGGUCAUCGACUAUCCCCACUCGACAAAAGCUAAAAAAGUAUUUCUGGUUUUAAUGACUGGAGGCGCCCAAUCUUUGCCCAAAGCCCUUGGAACAGGAGUUGGAGAGCAGGAGGAGGAUCAAGUUUCAUAUUCAAGCGAAAGGGAGCGUGGCAAACGUCAAAGAGUCCAGCGGGGAAAGAGCGUAAAACAUUCCAGGGACUGGGUUAAUGAAAAAAAGGAACGUCGCAGACGUCAAGGAAAAUCGACUGCCAACGAUUCAAAAUACACGGCUCGGAGGCGGUGUGGAAAGUUCUAACUGCUUUAUCGGAACUGCUGGGGCGGUGCUCCAAACAUGUUGCCGCUGAGUUUCGAAGCAGUGCGGGAAGGCGCAAAGCCCAGCAACUUUUGGAUGUUCUGUAAAAUAUAAAUGCUUUAAUAUAAAAUUACCGAAUUU